UUCAGUCAGUCUUCAGACUCGCAACACAGACCUUUGAAAAAUUUCAAAAAUGUUCAAAUUGGUGGUGUUGUCCGCUCUCGUCGCCGUAGCCGUGGCUAAGCCCGGCCAAGUGCGUCAUGGAGAAUAUGCUGUAGUUGCUCCAAUCGUAACCAACACCUACGUAUCUCCUGCCGCAGUCAGCAGCACCUACAGGGAAGAUGUCAUCAGCAAACCAGCUCAUGUCACCUACGCUGCUGCCCCAACUGUAUAUGCCGCCCCAGUUGCAGUCGCCACUCCAGUCGUUGCCAAAACCAUAGUAGCUCCAGCUGCAGUAAGCCACACCUACAGGGAAGAUGUCAUCAGCAAGCCAGCAGCUGUAGCAUACGCAGCUCCAGCUGUCGUAGCCGCUCCAGUAGUUCAAAAAUUUGUUGCUGCUCCAGUUGCUUAUGCCGCACCUGCUGCUCUCAGCUCCAGCUACAGAACUGACGUCGUCAGCAGCCCUAUUGUCGCUCACGCCUAUGCUGCUCACGCUCCAGCCACUUACGCUUAUGCUGCUCACGCUCCAGCUGCUUACACCUACGCUGCCCAUGCCCCAGCUGCUGUCCACGCUUGGUGAAGAGAGGACUGAAUAUUUUCAGACUGUGUAUAUAUAAUUUAUUUGUCAAAAAUAAUAAAAACAACAAUAUUUGUUAAAUAUUUUGUUCUUAUUUGUUUCCCAAUUCUUUCACUAGCUCGCUAGCUGUCUAUAGUCCUUUAUAAUUACAUAAAAU